AUGAUUAACUUGUCGAAAGAAACGAGAAGAAAACGAAGAUUGAUUCGUGAAGGAAAACAAAAGAUUGAUCAUGAUGUACGUACAGAGCUGAUCUUUACGAUCUCUCGAGUGUUCACAGCUGAUGACGACAAAGAUGUUUUGAAACUGAACUAUGGCUUUAACCGCUAUAUGGUUAUGGCAUGGACAGACGAGACAGAAGAGUACAUAACAAGAGUGGUAAGGGGUUUCACAAACCAAUAUGUAAUGUUUAAUGAAGAACUUGUGAUUCCUUUAGAUUCUCCUAGACGUUAUCUUUACAUUGAAUUGGCUAGAGGAUUCUCGUCGCGUGAACCUUCCACAUCUACCAAUAUUGUUGUAAAGGGUCGUGCAAAAAUUCGAUUGCCUCCUCUAAACAGCAACUUUGGUGAGAUCUCCGGUGUUGUCGAUCUCGUUGGUUUGGACAGUGAUCGAUCAUGUGUCGUUAUAGGAGCCCUAAAAUAUUCUAUGAGACUUCAUAGGUUUGUGGUACUAUGA